CUUCUCGCAAAUUUAACGCUGCAUCUGAGCCGACACAGAGCAAAUCAUAAACCCAAUUGGGUAAAGAACGGGAUCGCGUGGCUUCUCCGCUAGAUGCUUAAAUUCUGAGGAUUGUUGCGCUGGACGUGUGAAAAUCGCGGUGGCGAUUUGUAGGAUUUAGAGUGGGAGACGGGAAAGUGGAGUACAAUCUUUGCAAGGCUUGGUGUAGAGUGCGAUUCGGUGUUGGGUCCGAAGGAAAUUAAAUUUUGCGCGAUUUGAGUGUGUGGGGGUUUUGGAAUUAGGGUUCGAUGGGAGGAGUGUGUUCAAGCUGCUUUAAAAGUAAAGAUCAGCAGGAAAAGGCUUUCUAUCAGGCAGCACCGCAGCUUGAUCAAUCGCAACAGAGGAGUUCGGAUGGAGAUCGUGCUCGCUCUGAUGAAGCCCGAGCUAACGCUGCUAUUGCUGCUCAGAAACGAGCGGAAGCAUUUGAGAAAUCAGCAGGAGGACGAGCUGCUAGAUCAGCCAUUGCUGCAGCGAAAGCCCCACCGCCCAGCAGAAAUGAACCCGACCUCAAGAUAACACACCAAAACACACCAAAACACAUAAAAGCACUCAUCGGGAACACAGCACAUGAGAUUAUCCACAUAGCCAUAAGAAGUGGCACUCCUCGAACUUUACUACAGAAAGAUGAUCCAAGUACAGAAAACAGUAGACAGUUAAAGGUAGUUGGAAAACCAUUAAAAACGCCUCCUGCCAUUUAAAAUUUACUUCUUCUCAUCUUUCUCGGCCUGCUCGGCCUUUUUCUUCCGAACACCAACUAGCCUCUCGUUCAUCCUCUCCUGGCGGAGUUUGUAAUAUCCCUUCUGAGAUUUCAUCUCGUCGGUAAUAGAUACGAUAU